CUGUCAAAAUGCAUUUAUACUAUAGUUUAUUGUUGUUUCGAUGUAUUAAAAUUUUAAUUAAAUAAUAUUAAUAAAAUUUAAAUACAACAUAAUUCACACUUUACACAAAAUAAAUGAGUGUAGUAUUAUUUGUGACAAUGUCAUAAGACCGGCGUUACAUAUUUAACCUUAAAGUUAAAUUUUUUCAACUAAACAUGGGUGUAACGGUUUUACAGCAAUAUCCGGUUCCUGAAAAUAAAACCGGUACCUAUGUUAUAGAUUUACUGACAAAAAGAAUUUUAGCUCUGGGUGCUACACAGGCAGGACAAUUCCUAGUCGACUGUGAAAGUUACUUAUCACAUCCGACUAUGGGUUCAACAAAGACAGUACAUAUUUUACAUAAUUCAGAACAACCAGCAUCUGUAUUUUCAAUACUUGAGAGUGGUACAAAGAAUAUUCAUGUAAUUGCCGAUGGACUAUUUGAUCUGCUCAUGAUGAAGCUUUCACAACAUUACACAUCCAAGAAACAAACCAAGAUAGAAAGCAAAGGUCCCAAGUUUGAACUCGGAGAUUUCUGCAUUAAACUCGGCUCUGUUACAAUGAAUCAGAAUUUUAAAGGCAUACUUAUAGAGGUAGAAUAUCGUCCCUGUGUCAUGGCAAAUGCUGUAUGGGGAUUAUUACGAGAGUUCCUACAGGGAAUACUUGGUUCGACGAUAACCGUUCAGCCGCCACAGCACUUACUGAGUAGAAUGAAUGAGAUAUACACACCGAUUGACACUAUAUAUCAAUAUUUAGAACAUUUUAGCGCCUACCGGAAAACUACUGGGUUGAGAAGUGCAUAGACUAAAGUAACAAAAGUGCGAAGAAAAUUUUCUUACUUAGGUCUUUUGUAUGCUAUUCAUGUCCACUAUAAUAAAGUUUGUAUUUUGUACUCACUUCAAAUUACUUAAAACUACGUACAUAUUUGAUUUUUUUAAUAAUCCUCUUGUCCCAUAUCGAAGUUCUAUGACCGAGGACUAUGUUAAUUAUGUAUGUAGUUUGUAAAUAGAAAUUUGUACGGAGACCACUUUAUGAUAUGGAGACUAUUAAUUGAUAAUAAAAUUUUGUUUAUA